UCACCCUGCUGAGCGAGGAUCGCGGAGCUGGAGCUGGAGAAGAGGAGCCAGGACGGGGCCGGUGCGGAGCGGGGCCUGGCGGCGCGGCCCUCGCUGGAGAGCCUGCUGGUGGCCAGCAGCCACAUGCUCAAGGAGGUGCUGGACAGCCCCUUUGUGGACCCGCUCAAGAGCCUGCGGCUCCCGCGGGAGCUGAACCCCAACAAGAAGUACAGCUGGAUGCAGAAGAAGGAGGAGCGGAUGUUCGCCAUGAAGUCCUCCCUGGAGCACAUGGACGCCAUGGAGCUGGACUUCCGCAUGCGGCUGGCCGAGGUGCAGCGGCAGUACAAGGAGAAGCAGCGCGAGCUGGUGAAGCUGCAGCGGCGCCGCGAGUCCGAGGACAGGCUCGAGGAACCCCAUAGGAGCUUGGCACGCAGAGGCCCUGGCAGGCCACGGAAACGGACCCACGCCCCGAGCGCCCUGUCGCCCCCCCGCAAGAGAGGGAAGAGCCGCAACAGUAGCGGAAAGCUGAGCAGCAAGCCCCUGCUGACAGCAGAUGCCUACGAGCUGGGAGCCGGCAUGAGGAAGAGACACAAGGGGCCUGAGGAGGAACACGACGCCCUCGUGGGAACGGGGAAGGCGAUGGGGCGGAGCCAGCCGUGGGACGAGCACGAAGCCCCGUCCGACUUCAUGAGUCAGCUGAAGAUCAAGAAGAAGAAGAUGGCCAGCGACCAGGAGCAGCUGGCAAGCAAGCUGGACAAGGCCCUCUCCCUCACCAAGCAGGACAAGCUGAAGUCCCCCUUCAAGUUCUCGGACAGCUGUGGGGGGAAGCCCAAGCCGGGCGCGGGCUGCGGCCGGUACUUGACGCCGUAUGACAGCCUGCUGGGCAAGGACAGGAGGGCGCUGGCCAAAGGCCUCGGCCUGUCUCUCAAAGCCGCCAGAGAAGGUAAACACAAACGGGCCGCCAAAGCCAGGAAGAUGGAGGUGGGCUUCAAGGCCCGCGGCCAGCCCAAGUCGGCCCCCUCCCCGUUCGCCUCGGAAGCGAGCAGCUACUCCUACAAUACGGACUCGGAGGAGGAGGAGGAGUUCCUGAAGGAUGAGUGGUCCGCCCAAGGCCCCUCCGGCUCCAAGCUGACAUCUUCCCUCCUGUGUGGCAUGGUGGCCAAGAGCAGCAAGCCGCCCGGGGGCCCCAAGCUGCCCAAGAGGGGCCUGGCGGCCGCCCGGACUCUGAAGCCCAAGCUGGCGGGCAGGAAGCAGCCGUUCUGUUUGCUGCUGCAGGAGGUCGAGGCCCGCUCCUCCUUCAGCGAUUCUUCGGAGGACUCGUUUGACCAAGAUGAGAGCUCCGAGGACGAGGGCGAGGACAAGCUGGAGGAAGAGGAGGACGAGGCUGGAGGCUAUAGGCUGGGGGCCCGGGACCGAGCCCUGUCGCCAGGCCUGGAGGAGAGCGGGCUGGGCCUGCUGGCCCGCUUCGCAGCCAGUGCCCUGCCCAGCCCCACGGUGGGGCCGUCCCUGUCGGUGGUGCAGCUGGAGGCCAAGCAGAAGGCGCGGAAGAAGGAGGAACGGCAGAGCCUGAUGG